CAAACAGAGAAACUGUAUACCCAGAGGAAGAGGAGGAGGAAGAGCCAGCUUGAUUUUAAGUGCAGCACACUAUGGACACCAGAUUUUCAUUAAAGCUCUAAACCCCACAAACCUCUCAAUCAGCGGGCGUCAUGUCGACGGGCCCUGGCCUUGGUGCACUGGACCUGGCUGAGGGCCCUCAGACCACAGGACCUGUUGGACUCCAAACCCUGUUGGACCUACUGGUGGGCGUCUACCAGGAGUUCUGCUCUUCGCCCUUUGCAAGGGAGAAGUAUGUGUCUGGUUUCUUGCAAUGGGCGGAGCCCCUGGUGAGGCAGGUGAAGAAGACUCGCAUCAAAAGAGAAGACUUUCACAUCCUGAAGGUGAUUGGCCGAGGCACAUUCAGUGAGGUCGCAGUGGCGAGAAUGCGAAACACUCAUCAAGUGUAUGCUCUGAAGAUUAUGAAUAAGUGGGACAUGCUGAGGAGAGGAGAGACAGCAUGUUACCAAGAGGAAAGAGAGGUUUUACUGAGGGGUGAUAGACACUGGAUUACUGAGCUGCACUACGCCUUUCAGGAUGACAACUAUCUGUACCUGGUGAUGGAUUACUAUGUUGGGGGAGACCUGCUGACCCUGCUCAGUAAGUUUGGAGACCGGCUCACUGAGGACAUGGCUCAGUUCUACCUGGCUGAGAUGGUCAUGGCCAUUGACUCUGUCCACAGGCUGGGUUAUGUACACAGAGACAUCAAACCUGACAAUAUCCUGCUGACAGCUGAUGGACACAUCAGACUCGGGGACUUUGGCUCCUGUCUGAGGCUCCUAGAUGAUGGGAUGGUUCAUUCAUCCCUCGCAGUCGGGACGCCUGACUAUUUGUCUCCAGAGAUUUUGAGGGCAGUAGAAGGAGGUGGAAGUUAUGGUCCUGAAUGUGACUGGUGGGCUCUGGGUAUCUGCGCCUAUGAGAUGCUGCUGGGGACCACACCGUUCUACGCAGAGUCCAUCUCCGAAACAUACGCAAAGAUUAUCCACUUUCAGGAGUAUUUUGAGUUCCCUCCAUCUGGCCCUGAGGUUUCAGACAACGCUCGCUCCAUCAUCACCGGGCUCAUCUGUGAGAGGGAAGUCCGUCUGGGGAUGAAAGGCUUCAGUGACUUCAGGAGCCAUCCUUUCUUCUGUGGACUAGACUGGGGUUCCCUGCAUAAACUUCCUGCUCCCUUCCUGCCUGAAGUAUCUAAUCCUACUGACACCUCCAACUUUGACAUUCUGGAUGACUGUCUCAGUGAAAUGGAGACGCUGUCAGAUGUAAUGGACAGAGCUCCAAUAGGAGUACAUUUGGCUUUUGUUGGAUAUUCUUACACUGCUACCAGUCAGACGGGUGCCUUGGACCGCAGUAAAGACAUCAUGAUGCAGAUUGACAACAAGACGCAUAGAGAGUGUGAGAGUCUUUAUACUCCAGAGAAAGUGCUCACAGACACACUAUCAGAGGACCUGCCUGCACUGCUGGAACACCCGCUCACUCUGGAUCAAGAUCCUAUUGCAUCCACCCACACUACCCAAGAGGAGACUAACCAAAUAUCAGGACUCGAUGAAGACUUGCAGAGACGCUUGCAAGAAGCAGAGAGGAGAUACUGUGAGCUGGAGAAAGAAAUUGAGAGACUGAAGGGGGAGAUGCAGGACGGGAGAACACCCAAAGAGAAAGAGCUGAGUAUCUGCCCAGCAUCUCUUGCUCUGCCUGCCCACUGUGUGGACGCACCAGGGGAUAGGAAGAGAGCGCCCCCAGCCUGCCAUUACCCGCUGGUGAUUCCCCUCCACCGCCACCUGCUCCUCUUCCACAGGGUUCGCCUGCCACAGGUGAGGAGUGAGUCAUACCUGCUGGUGUGUGCUGAAGGAGGAGAGCUCCAAGCUUGGGAGAGACAAUCUUACACUGAGCUCUCCUGAACGCACCUUGAGGUGGCACACGCUGACUUCUCCCACUAACACAGGAUGAAAGGACUGAGGCUAAACUCCCAAAGAAGACGACGAACGCUUCUCAUGAGAGCUGAGGGUGUCAUUACUGUACUGUAGGUCCUACAGUGAUGACACCCUCAGCUCUCAUAUGAAGCUCAUAUGAUGAGACAGGCCAAUCAGCUGCUGGGAAGUAAUGAGGAAGAAAUGAUGAGGGACAUCUUCUGACCUCCCUUUCCUGCUUACCAGACAGAGAUAGAGAUGCACUGAAAUGAGAGCACACAGAGAAAAAGACUCUUUAAUGCGUGACAGUGAUGAUGUUUAAGUGAUAGAGAAAGUCCCAGAAAAAAAUCACU